AUGUAUUAUUCCAGGAGGCAGGGGAGAAGGUGGAAUAAGAGAUGUGGUGAUGGGAGAAGGAGAUGCCAUCGAAAGUGGAGGGGAUUUAACAAGAAUGGAGUCUGCGAAGAAGCAGGUGGUGGUGGAGGAGGUAAUGCAGGAGAGGAAGGGCUGGUGAGCUAUGACUUUAUAGCAGGAGGAGGUGGAGAAACUGAGGUAAGUGGUGUUGGGACUACAAUUGGCAGAGGAGGAAAGGGUGAAAGAGUUAGAGAUGGAGGUGCUAUGCCAAAGGGAGGGGAAGGUGAUACUUGUGGGGGAGGAGGAGAUGAUAAGUUUAUAGAUGGAGGGGGCACCAGGGGGUGGGUGGUGGUGGCACAGACGGAAGGGGAAGGAGGGAUGGAGGAGGUAAGGAAGAGGAAGGGGGCGGUGUUGAUAAUGGUGGUGGUGAUGAUUGGGGUCGGGGAGAAGGGGAGAGGUAAGUAA